AUGUCUGAAGAAGAAGUCAAGAGACCAGCAUCCCCUGUUGCAAAUGGCUCUGAGCCUGAUCAAAAAAGAACCAAGACUGAAGAACCAAAAGUUGAGGAUCCAAGAUCUAAAGGUAUCGCACAUAUAAAGAAAGAAUUCAUUGUAGAUUCAAGACAAAUUGCAGCUAUUGAUGAUGAUUCUGCUGAAGCUUCCACUGAUAGAAAUACAGGUGGUGAAAAUGGUGGUGAAAAUGGUAAAGGUAAAAAGGGUAAAAGAACUAGAGGUCAAAAUAAAAAUAGAGAAAUUAAACAAAAUCAAGAAGAAGUUAGAUUAUGUCAAUCUUUAGUUGAUCCGGACUUGGAUAAAGUUUGUAAAUUUGGUGCAGAAAAUUGUAGAAAUUCACAUGACAUUGAUAGUUAUUUACAAAGUAAAGGACCAGAUAUUCAAGGUGUUUGUCCUGUGUUCAAUGCUAUUGGUUAUUGUCCUGCUGGUUUCAAAUGUCGUUUCUUACAUUCACAUUAUGAUGAAGAAAAUAAAAUAUUAAUUAAAGAUCUUGUUAAAUUUGAAGAUUCCAAGGAUAAAAAUUAUGAAGUAAAUAAAAUUACAAAUGAUGAGAAAUUAUCAUUAAUAAAGAAAAAAUUCAUCUUUACAAGCUCAACUGAAGCUAUCAAGAUUAUUGAUUCAAUUCAAGAUGGUAAUAAAAAGAGAGAUUUAGCAAAGAAAAAGACAAAUAAUGAAGGUGAAGAAACAGAAGUUACACCAGAAACUACAACAGAAACAGAACAAACAACUGCUCAAGAACAAACAAAAGAAAACAUUAAUGAUUAUGUUGAAACAAGAUUUUUUGCAGGUGAAAAGAAAAAAAUUGAUUUAGUUGGUAAAAAAAUCUUAUCACCAUUAACUACAGUUGGUAAUUUACCAUAUAGAAGAUUAAUGAAAACACUUGGUUGUGAUGUUACAUAUAGUGAAAUGGCAUUAACAUUACCAUUAAUUCAAGGUACAAAUUCAGAAUGGGCAUUACCAAAAGCUCAUAAUACUGAAUAUCCUGGAUUUGGUGUUCAAAUUGCAACUGCAAAACCAUGGCAAGCUGCAAAAGCAUCUGAAAUCAUUGGUAAAUUAUGUCCAUCUGUUAGUGAAUUGAAUUUAAAUAGUGGUUGUCCAAUUGAUUUACUUUAUAGACAAGGUUCAGGUUCAGGUUUAUUAGAUCAACCUGCAAAAUUUUUAAGAAUUUUAAAUUCAAUGAAUUAUUGUUCUGGAGAAAUUCCAACAACUGUUAAAAUUAGAAUGGGUACUAAAGAUAAUCAUCCAAUUGCUCAUAAUUUAGUUAAAAGAAUUGUUAAAGAAACUCAAACUGCUGCAGUUACAUUACAUGGUAGAUCACGUCAACAACGUUAUACAAGAGAAGCAAAUUGGGAUUAUAUUGGUGAAGUUGGUAAAGUUUUAAGAAAAACUGAACAAGAAUUAGAAGAUGAUAAAGAUCGUAAAGAUUUCCAAAGAAUUAAUUUUGUUGGUAAUGGUGAUUGUUUUAAUUUUGAUGAUUGGUAUAAAGCUGUUGAAAAUCCAUAUAUUGAUUCAGUUAUGAUUGCUCGUGGUGCAUUAAUUAAACCAUGGAUUUUUGAAGAAAUUGAAUCUCAACAAUAUUUAGAUAAAUCUGCAACUGAAAGAUUAGAAAUUAUUCAAAAAUAUGCACAAUUUGCAAUGGAACAUUGGGGUACAGAUGAAUAUGGUAUUGCAUUAUCAAGAAGAUUUUUAUGUGAAUUUUUAUCAUUUUUCCAUAGAUAUAUUCCAUAUGGAAUUUUAGAAAAAUAUCCAGUUAAAUUAAAUGAAAGACCAGAAUUUUGGAAAGGUAGAAAUGAAUUAGAAACUUUAUUAGGUAGUAAUGAUUAUAAAGAUUGGAUUAAAAUUUCUGAAAUGUUUUUAGGUCCAGCUGGAGAAAAUUUUAAUUUUACUCCAAAACAUAAAAGUAGUUCAUAUGAAAAAUCAGCUACAAAUUAG